AUGAAAAGUAAAAGCAUAUGCUCUAAUAUUUCUUCGUUUUUUAAAAUACCAGCGACGGCCACAGCUUCAAGUAAUGAAUUAAACACAAUAACAAAACGACAGCGACUUGACAUAGAAGAGACUUUUGAAACCCACUUGUAUACAGUGGCUGAGAGCACUUUUUCAAAUAAUGCUGAAAGCGCUGAACAAGAAGCAAAAUACAGUGAAGUAAUUCCAAACAAAAAUAUUGUAGAUGUACCAGAAGGUGAAAAAACAAAUAAAAAAUCAUCACCGAUACCAGACAUAGAAGAGACUUUUGAAACCCACUUGUAUACAGUGGCUGAGAGCACUUUUUCAAAUAAUGCUGAAAGCGCUGAACAAGAAGCAAAAUACAGUGAAGUAAUUCCAAACAAAAAUAUUGUAGAUGUACCAGAAGGUGAAAAAACAAAUAAAAAAUCAUCACCGAUACCAGAAAAGCCAGAGAGCGAAACUAAAAUAGUUAUUCAAAAUGAUAUUGACAGCAAUAUUGCUACAGAUGAAAAACAUUUAAUGGAAAUUAAUGAUUUGAAUUUUAAAGAAAUAUCUGAUGUGGCCGAUAUUGGUAAUGAUCCUUUUGUCUUCAGCAGUAUUAAACAUUUCACCCCGGAGCUUAUUAAUUUUUUCUUUAAAAAUGGAGCAUCGCAACCAUUGCCAAAUGAACUUCCUAAUAAAAAAUUUCCUAUUGACGCACAAGGGAGGUCAUUCCAUGAAAAUUGGUAUUGGAAAAAGUUGACAAAUGGUGAUGUAUCAAGACGAAAAUGGUUAUCUUAUUCAAAAAAACAAAAUAAAGCAUACUGUCUUUACUGUGUGCUUUUUGGUAGAAAUGAGCAAACAAAUUGGGUAAAAGAAGGUUUUCAUUUCUGGAAAAAUGGACCAGCUAAAAUUUUAACUCACGAAACUUCAGAAGCCCAUAUAAUGGCAUCGAUUAAAGCUGCUUAUAAAGAAGCUUCUUUUCCAUUAUUGCCGUCAUUAAAAGAAAAUUCUGUAUCAAACGUUCUACUUAAUCGUGAAUUAAUUAGACAUUUAAUUGAUCUAACAUUGUUUCUAGGACGUCAUUGUCUAUCGUUUAGAGGUCACAAGGAAGGGUGGCAAGAAGAAAUGUGUGGGAAUUUCAAAGAUUUAACAAAGCUCUUAGCGAAAUACUCCCCUGCUUUAUCAUCAUACAUUACACAACUUCAAAUAAAAGGAAGAAAAAUGCCCAAUUUUUUGUCAUGGCAGCGUCAAAAUCAACUAAUACAAGCUAUUUCUACUAAUAUUCGUGACACUAUUCAGAAAGAAUUAUUAAGUUCAGUGUUUUUCAGUGUAUCAUUAGAUACUACUUAUGAUAUUUCAAGAAAAGAACAACUGUCUAUUGUUCUAAGGUAUAUUAAUAAAAAAGAUGGCAUUGUUUGUGAACGUUUGGUGGCAGUUCGAGAAACAGUAUUGACUACCGGGCAACAUAUUUUUACAAUGUUUGAAGAUAUUUGCAAAGAAAUGAAUCUAGAUUGGAAACAAAAUCUCGUAGGUCAAUCUUAUGAUGGGGCAGCAUCAAUGAGAGGUGCUUACAAUGGGCUUCAAUCGAUUGUCAAAACACAUAAUCCAUCUGCAACUUAUGUUUGGUGUUGGGCACAUAGGAUUAGUCUUGUUGUAGUUGAUGCAGUCAGUAGUUGUGUAGAAGCAAGGGAUUUGUUUGGAAAUUUAGAAACCUUGUACGAUUAUGUAGGAAGCAGCAAAAAACGUGGUGGUCUAUACUCUGAUUAUCAAAAAAAGCGAUACCCAGGCAAACCCAUUCGAAGGUUAAAAAGGGUUUCAACUACUAGAUGGUCAUCACAUGCAAGUGCACUCAAAACGGCAUUUGAUACAUAUGAUGCACUUAUAGACUUAUUAUACUACUUACAAACCGAUUCAUCAUCUGAUCGUGUUUGUAGUGUUAAAGCAAAGAGCUUACUUGAUUAUUUAUUAUCUGAGAGAUUUAUUUUAACAGGGUUAACAUUUAGGAAAAUAUUUGAUUUAGUUAAUCCACUAAGCAAAUUUUUACAAGGAAAAAAUGUGGAUCUUUUAAAUGCUGUAUCUUAUGUUCAAUUUGUUCUCAAAAAAAUGCAAGAACUUAGAAAUGAAAUACAAUUCAAUAUAAUUGUUAACGAAAAGAACACAUUUUUGGAUUCCAGAACUAAUGAUUUUGACAUGAUCCCUCUCACAGAUAUUCGCACCAGACGUAUAAAAAAAAUGCCAGGUGAAAUGGCGACAGAUGAUCAACCUAUAAUCAGUCCUAUAGAUAAUUUUAAAAUAAAAACUUUUUAUACUGUUAUAGACAUUGUUUGCACACAAGUAACUGAAAGAUUCAAUGAGCAUUCUACGCCUUUAUUUAAAGAUAUAUCACUUUUCCAAAAAAAACGACUUAAAGAAGUAGCAGAACCCAAUAAUUUAAGACUUCCUAUUGAUGCUUUUAAUGCUUUUGAGCCGGUAUAUGGGAAGUUUGUAUCUGCAGUGAAUUUGAGACGAGAAUAUUUACAAUUCGCAAACACUUAUUUUGAAUUUGAAAAGUUGGUGAAACUUCCAGAAAAACUACAUGAACUAGAUCAUGAUUUUACAGAUGUUUUAAAUUCUGAUGAUAAUGAUGACCAAAACACCGAUGAAGACAGUUCUGAGGAAGACGAAAAACCACAAGAUACAAUACAUAUGCUAUUUGAAGUAUGCAACAGAUCUGAGUUGUAA